AUGAAGCAAGUGCUGGUCGCCUUGUGGGAAACGGUCCGGACCAUUUUCCGCAACUUCUGUGAAAACACUUCCCUGCACGGGCUGCGCUACGUGUACGGUAAGGACGGGGCGCGCAAAGGGGGAAUGCUGCGCCUGGUGUGGCUCCUGGUGUGCGCGGUCAGCAUCGGUUUCACGACCGUAAUGGGUAUGAUCGCGUGGAUACGUUUCCGAAACACUCCAACGAUAACGACGAUCGAAACGACGACGUACCCGAUCUGGAAGAUCCCGUUCCCGGCCGUCACCGUUUGCAAUGUCAACAAAAUCGACAGCAAGAAGGCGGACGCCAUCAUCGACAGGCUUGUGAAGGAGUUCGGGUUGAGCGAAGCGAACGCCACACAACUACUGAUAGCCCAGGCGAGUUUGAUCAACUUCGAGCGGGUCAACGAUAGUUUUCUCGAGCUGGAAGGUGUUCUGGGUCGGAUGGGAUGGAAUCCGGGCACUUUGCUGCUAGAGCUAAGCCAACCCUGCGCGGAGCUCAUUAAAGUGUGCUACUGGCUCGGGGUGGAGAUACCGUGUCCGAAGAUUAUUCGGCGCACGCGAACCGAUAAUGGCUAUUGUUGUUCGUACAACGUGGACGAUACGAUGGAACCGCUGAUCGCGCAGGAUAAUCAAAGCACACCGCCAACCGAGGUGUCGUACCGUCCGAAGCGACUCUCGGGAGCCGGUCGACACGUGGGCCUGUCGCUGCUGAUUGAUGUGCAACCCGACACCUACAUGGCCCCGACCAAGUCAUUCUAUGGGGCAGAAAUUUACGUGCACGACCCGAAAGAUUUCCCGUCCGAUGCGGACUUUGAGCACGUGGCCCAACCGGGCUGGGAUGUGGUGAUGUCCGUCAUUCCGUUACCGAUCGAGAGCAGCAGCACGAUGAACCAGGUACCGUUGGCUAUGCGCAAGUGUUUUCUACCGGAAGAGGACGACGAUGACGAUUGGGACGAAAACUUCAAUCUCAACGUUUGCCUCUCCGAGUGCCGACUCCGGACCAUCAUCAGCCUAUGCAAUUGCAUUCCAUUUUACUUCGUAGACCUGAUGAUCGAUGAGUCAAAAGACGUUAAGAUUUGUGCCCUCAAGAACGUGGAGUGUUUGCGGUACUUCAGAAGAUAUUUCUACAGUUUGCGGACGGACACGCUACCAGAUGCGGAUCACUCGGACUCGCACUUCGGGAUGGACUGUGACUGUAAACCACCCUGUUCGGUGUUGAACUACAACGUGCAGACGAUCGCUAGCCAAAGGCAGACUACAAGGUUUAAGUCGGCAAAUUACGGCGGGAGAGACGUUACGAUGUACGCCACGUUGAAUGUCCACUUUAAGGACAUGUACUGCGUGAAGUAUAAGCGCGACGCCUACAUGACCUGGGACUCGCUGGUGGCCACGUUCGGCGGUAUCUUUGGCCUCUGCAUGGGAGGCUCGGUGCUGAGCAUUGUGGAGCUGCUGUACUACUUCACCGUUAAGCCGUUCACCGUGUAUAAGGCUCACUCGAAGCGAUCGCGUCAUCAAAAGCAACCCCAACCGGGGCAGGGCCGCCGGGUGGCUGUGCGUCCUUACGUUUCGCCGUACAGUACGCAGCGUUACGGGAAGGGAUACUUUGUGCGUCCCCAUAAGCUACUGUCCCGCGAGAAGGACAUCGUCCGUAACACGACCCUUCUUGGGAUGAGAAGUUCGGAGAAAAGCCCAAGUCUGGCGUUCAUUUACUGA